AUGCACUGGACACCGGAACACGCCCAGCCCCUCAACCAGUGGCCAGAGCAGCACCUGGAUGUCUCCUCCACCACCCCGUCGCCGGCCCACAAGUUGGAGUUGCCCCCUGGGGGUCGCCAACGCUGCCACUACGCUUGGGCACACGACGACAUCUCCGCCCUCACUGCCUCCAACCUCCUAAAGCGCUAUGCAGAGAAAUACUCUGGGGUCUUGGACUCUCCCUACGAGCGUCCGGCCCUGGGCGGGUACAGCGACGCCUCAUUCCUCAACGGCGCCAAAGGGGACCCCGAGCCCUGGCCAGGGCCGGAGCCACCCUACCCUUUGGCCUCACUCCACGAGGGCCUCCCAGGAACCAAGUCGGGCGGUGGCGGCAGUUCCGGGGCCCUAGGCGGCUCCCCGGCGGCGGCCGGGGCGGGCCUCCCGGGGCUGCAGCGCCCCCUCUCCUACAAGGACUUGGAGGCAGCGCUGUCCAAAAUGGGCCCUAGGGCCUCCGCCAAGGAACUGGACUCGUUCGUGGAGUGGGACAAAAUGAACUCCUGCUCUCUUGCCACAACGCUUUUGUCUCCUCGCUAUCUGAAUGGCACCCUCCUUCUCCCUCACUAUCUCCAUCCCAUUCUCUGCAUUCUCUUGGUUUUCUCUCCCUUUUGCUUUGUCGCUGACAGCCCUCCCCGAAUGCUGGCCCUGUUUCUCUCCUGCCCCUCCCUCCCCAGCUCUCCCUCCCUCACCCUCUGUGCUUCUGUCUCCAUCCCUGGCUUUCCAGCGUCCCUCGCCUUUUUGUCCCUGAGCUUUAAUGCCUCUCCAUGCCUUCUGUUCUUACUUGGACUGCAGUGGCUCUUUGCAGGAGCUCUGGAGGCCCAUGGGCUGAGGAGGAGGGGAGGAGGGUUACCCCUGUACCCAUCUGAAACCUAG